AUGAAACGAGUUUAUAAAAAAGGACAUUGUCGCUAUUGUGGUGAAACAAGUCACACAAAGAGGAACUGUCGUAAGAGGGCCGUUGACGAAGAAUCAGCUACUGUGAUGGCUGCUGUUGUUGCUAAUGCUGAUGCUAAUGGAGGUGAGGUCAACAAUUCUGCUCCAACUGCUGCUGUAAAUGGUGGUGAUGCCCCAGCUAUGUCACAAGAUCAGGUCGAGAUUCAGCUUGAUCUUAGUCAGCCUAUUUUGUCAGAAACUGAUGACUCGCAACAGGUGCAACCACCUCCUGUUCAGCCAUCCGAACUGUCUCCUAAGAGAAAGUUGUCCACACCCAAGAAGAACAGUCCAUCAACAAGCAUACCCACUGCUACCACCCAACCAACCAGCACCCCAUCCGCAAGCACUCCAUCUACUCCAUCUGCAAGUGCUCCAUCUGCAAGCACUCUCCUAAUAAGCAGUCAGCCUGCAAGCACUGAAACAGCAAGCAAUCUACCAGAAAUCACAAUGAGAUUUGUGCCUAAUCCUGGAUUCAAGCCACCCAGAACCAAGAAUUAA